AUGAAUUCAAAUCAAUUAUCGGUUGAAGCAUUUUUUUUCGAUAAAUUUGAACGUUUUAAACGUAUUACAUUACCAACAGCAUUUUCUGGUCUUAGUAGUUUAUUACCUGGCCUUUCAUCACCUGGUAUACGUGUUUGUAUUAAUUUUAAUUCACAAUAUCCACAAGGUUAUCAACAGAAUACCUGCUUCCUAUGCGAUGUUUAUCGUUUUAAUUCGAUUGCAUAUCAAUGUACUGGACAGACCCAAAUACCUGGUAAUAUUAAUUUUACACAAGCAAAUUGUAUAAUGAAUUCAUGUCAACCAAUGAUGUAUGGUGCUGGUGCUGGUGGUGGUAUUGGAGGUGGUGGUGGAUCAUUUAUGACAAAUCGUUAUCAAUUACCAAUAAAUAUUGGUCAUUUAACAUUACCACCAUCAUCAUCAUCAUCAUCAUUACCUCAACCAAAAUUUGGUCUAUUUCAAUCACAAGCAUUAUUACAACAACAUUAUCAACAACAAUUACAAUUACAACAACAACAACAGCAACAACAAUUACAACAACAACAACAACAACAACAACAACAAAAUAAACCAAUACCAUAA